CCUACUCCUCGUUCAAAGUCCUGUUAACAGUCGUUGGACGUGCAUUGAAUAUACAUAUUCAAAUUACUGAACAUCAAGUCUGUCGCAUAGUCUACUACAACUUAGUGAAUAUUUCAAUAUAGCACAAGGUUGAGCAGACCGAAAGACUUCAGCAGAUGAUACUUCCUUGUGGCUACUUGCUCGGUUUCAGGCGAGUCGGUGCAGUGUGUUUGACAGCUACAGGCAGGGGUCGGCGGGGCAUGUGCAGCGCGGUGGGCAUGAGACUGGUGCAGUUCUGUCGCCACGGAGAUGGCAAUGGUGUGCGGGUCGGAGUGGAGCAAGCAGAAGGACAGGGGGUCAUCGACCUCAAGGCCUUUGACCCCUCUAUGCCCACUACCAUGAGAGAGUUUCUGGAGAUGGGCGAGAAGGGCAUGGAAUGUGCACAAAGGGCGCUCUCCAGCGGUCAGUGUGUUGUUGCGCGGUCGGAGCUGAAGCUGCUGUCACCGGUGACGGCCCCGGAGAAGGUGGUGUGUGUGGGCAUGAACUACAGGGACCACUGCCUGGAGCAGAACGCCCCCAUCCCGGCAGAGCCCAUCGUCUUCAGCAAGUUCCCCAGCGCCAUCACCGGCCCCCACGACGACAUCCUGUUACCUGAAGAGAGCCAGGAGGUGGACUGGGAGGUGGAGCUGGCUUUCGUGGUUGGACGCAAAGGGAAACACAUCAAGGAGGAGGAUGCUCUCUCCCACGUGGCGGGGUUCACAGUGGCCAACGAUGUCAGCGCCCGUGAUUGGCAGAUGCGGAGGAAUGGGAAGCAGUGGCUGCUGGGAAAAACCUUUGACUCGUUCUGUCCGCUGGGACCGGCCCUGGUCACCACGGGAAGUGUAAAAGAUGUCCACAAGCUGGGUAUUCGGUGUCUGGUCAAUGGUGCAGUGGUCCAGGACAGCAACACUGACCAGAUGAUCUUCAGGACGGAGAAACUAGUGGCUUGGGUCUCCCAGUUUGUGACGUUGGUCCCAGGCGAUGUGUUUCUGACCGGUACUCCCCCAGGUGUGGGAGUGUUCCGGAAGCCGCCGGUGUUCCUUAAGAAGGGGGACGUGGUGGAGUGCCAGAUCGACGAGAUUGGGGCCAUCCGUAACACGGUGGUGUGACAGGACCUUUCUGCGGCAUGCCGCACCGAGCUGAUUUAAAAGUGCCAUUAUCUCAAUACUGCCCCGUUAGUUUUUUACUGCGCACGUAGAGGCUGUUUUUUUUUUUGGGGGGGGGGGAGGGGAGGGAGUGUACAGAGAGUAUUUACAACAGUAAAAUGACUUGACUGUGUCACAUUCAGACAUUGUAGGUUGUGUUGAAAAAUGAUUUCUUUAUCCACAGAUUGUCGCUGGAGGCUAAAGUUGCAACUCUUUAUCAUGUAAUGCACAUGAAAGGUAUGCCUUUAAAUCUGAUGGAAGAGCUCUCAAAGACUGGCUCCACAGCUAGGAAAUAGAUAUAAUCAUUAAUCAAAAACUGAGCUGACCUUUGGUCCAUUUGUUGCGGUAUUGUGAAGAUGUCCAACAUGUUGAUGGCAUGGUCAAGGCCACAGAGAAAGCCAUGUCAUUGCCACUUUGUGAUCUGUGCAUUCCUUUACUCUACACGUCACAACUUUAACUGAUAAUAAACGAUAACCAUUGUUUGGA